AUGGAGGACUAUAUGUACCAGAAGGAUUUGUAUCGUUCGUUGAUGGGCAAAGCUAAAGGAAAGAAGAAAGAGGAAUCAGACAAGGAGUGGGAGAUACUAGAUAGGAAAGCUCUAAGUUCUCUUAUGUUUGGUUCUUCUUUGGGGUUUGUUGAUAUGGAGAAAUCUGAAAUCUUUCGUCCUAUUACUGUUAUUUUGGAUGGCUCUAAUUAUACUCUAUGGUCUCAACGAAUGAAAAGCUUCUUAAUUGGACGCAAGCUUUGGCGUAUUAUUACUGGCGAUGUUGUUGAACCAGUCCGAGAUGCUGAUGAAAACAAUACCAAGUAUGCAGAACGUCUUGAAGAUUGGGAUAGCAAAAAUCAUCAGAUAAUUACCUGGUUAUGUAACACCUCUAUUUCAGCCAUUCAUAUCCAGUUUGCUGAUUUUGAUACUGCAAAAGAAAUUUGGGAUUUCUUGUCCAAUCGGUACAAAACUACAGGUCUUGCACACUAUUAUCAACUGCUCACAACUCUUGCCAGUCUUAAACAAGACUCCGGACAAUCUGUUAAUGACUUCCUUGCUGUCAUUCAGCCUAUAUGGAAUCAAUUAGCACAAGCUAAUAUCAGUGAUGAUCAUCUUCGCCUUAUUCAGGUUCUCAUGGCUCUACGUCCUGAAUAUGAAUCUGUUCGUGCUGCUCUGUUGCAUCGUGAUCCUUUACCCUCUUUGGAUGCUGCUGUUAAAGAAAUCUUAUUUGAGGAAACACGUCUUGGUUUGAUCAAAUCUCCCUCACCGGAAGUUGCUCUUGCUAUCACUCGGCCACGUUCUGCAUCUGGCUCAUUUUUGUGCAAGAAUUGUAGAAAUACUGGACAUACAUUUGCAAAUUGCCCUACUAUUGAGUGCAGAUACUGUCACAAACAUGGUCAUAUUUUGGAAAAUUGUCCAACCCGUCCACCUCGUCCUCAAGGCACUUCAACAAAAUCUAAGUUUUUCUCUAAGGCUAGUUCUUCUGCUGCUGCUGUUACUGCUCCUUCUGAUGAGUCCCCUUCCUCUGUUCUUAAUGUUAGCGAUCUCGAAGCUCUUCUCAGACAGGUGAUAUCCUCCAAUCCUUCAUCUUCCACUGCAUUAGCUGUCACUGCAGGUUCAGGAUCUUCAAACGGGACAGAUAAUUGGCACGGGGCGCAAGGUGGGACGAUUAUUUGAGCUCACAUCUCUUAAAGUUUCUGCUCCCAGAUCGAUUUCUGCUUCCACCACCAUUCC